CUCGGCUGCACCAAGGUGGCCGCAGAAUAUCCUGCCUAGGUGUCAGCAUCUGCUGAGCUGCCCUGUGCAUCUCAGGCUGCUCUAUUAUCUGGUCACCGUCCCAGGCCACUGGGACUGCUUCUGAUGGCUGUGGCCUCCGCUGCCCCAGGGAGCAUCUUCUAUAAGCAGUUCCUUUUCUCUCUCCUGGUUUUAAUAUUAUUUUGCGAUGCUUGUCAGAAAAUUUCCCUGCGUAUUCCUUCUCAUCUUAAGGCUGACACACUUGUAGGCAAAGUGAAUCUGGAGGAGUGUCUCAAGUCAAUUGGCCUAAUCCUGUCCAGUGACCCUGCCUUCAGAAUUCAAGAAGAUGGCUCCAUUUACACAACACGUGACCUCAUUUUGUCUUCUGAAAGGAAGAAUUUUUCCAUUCUUCUCUCAGACAGUCAGAGCCAGGAGCAAAAAGAGAUAGAAAUUGCACUGUCAGGAAGAGGAAACAAGGCUUCUAAGAAAAGACAUACCAAAGACAAUGCCCUCAAGCGCAGCAAGAGACGGUGGGCUCCUAUUCCGUGUUCACUGAUGGAGAACUCAUUAGGUCCAUUUCCACAACACAUUCAGCAGAUCCAGUCUGAUGCUGCACAGAAUUACACCAUCUUUUACUCCAUAAGUGGACCAGGCGUGGACAAAGAGCCCUUCAAUUUGUUUUACAUAGAAAAAGACACUGGGGAUAUCUAUUGCACAAGAAGCAUUGACCGUGAACAACAUGAAGGGUUUCCGCUGUAUGGCUAUGCGACAACUGCAGAUGGCUAUGCACCCGAGUAUCCACUCUCCUUGAUGAUCAAAAUCGAGGAUGAUAAUGACAAUGCCCCAUAUUUUGAAAAUAAAUUGACUGUCUUUAGUGUGCCUGAAAAUUGUCGAUCCGGAACUUCAGUGGGACAAGUGACUGCCGUAGACCUCGAUGAACCUGACACUCUCCAUACUCGUCUGAAAUAUAAAAUCUUACAACAAAUUCCAGAUCAUCCAAAGCACUUCUCCAUACAUCCAGAUACAGGUGUCAUCACCACAACAACGCCUCUACUGGAUAGAGAAGCAUGUGAUACAUACCAGUUAAUAAUGGAAGUACGAGAUAUGGGGGGACAACCUUUUGGCUUAUUUAAUACAGGAACAAUUACGAUUUCUCUUGAGGAUGAAAAUGACAAUUCACCAUAUUUCACAGAAACUUCUUAUGUUACAGAAGUAGAAGAAAACAGAAUUGAUGUUGAGAUUUUACGAAUGAAGGUACAGGAUCAGGAUUUGCCAAACACUCCUCACUCAAGGGCUGUGUACAAAAUUCUCCAGGGAAAUGAAAAUGGAAAUUUCAAGAUUAGCACAGAUCCAAACACAAAUGAAGCAGUGUUGUGUGUUGUCAAGCCAUUGAAUUAUGAAGUCAAUCGCCAAGUUGUUUUGCAAGUUGGUGUACUUAAUGAGGCACAAUUCUCUAAAGCAGCAAACUCACAGACUCCUAAGAUGUGCACUACAACUGUUACUGUUAAAAUUAAAGAUAGUGAUGAGGGCCCUGAAUGCCAGCCACCAGUAAAAGUUAUUCAGAGUAAAGAUGGCCUCCCAGCUGGUGAAGAACUCCUUGGAUACAAAGCGUUGGACCCAGACACACGCAACAGUGAAGGCUUAAGAUAUCAGAAGAUAGGAGAUGAAGAUAACUGGUUUGAAAUUAAUGAACGUUCUGGUGACUUGAGAACUCUAAAAGUGCUGGAUAGAGAAUCAAAAUUUGUAAAAAACAACCAAUACAAUGUCUCAGUUGUUGCAAUGGAUGGAGCUGGCCGAUCUUGCACUGGAACAUUAGUAGUUCUUUUGGAAGACAGUAAUGAUCACCCACCACAAAUUGAUAAAGAAGUGACUAUUUGUCAGAAUAACCAGGAUUUUGCUGUUCUGGAAGCUGUAGAUCCGGAUGGACCUGAAAAUGGACCACCUUUUCAAUACCUUCUGGAUAAUUCGGCCAACAAAAAUUGGGUUCUGGAAGCAAAGGAUGGUAAAACUGCCAUUCUUCGUCAACGGCAAAAUCUUGAUUAUAACUAUUAUUCUGUGCCUAUCCAAAUAAAAGACAGACAUGGUUUAGCUGCAAAACAUGUGUUAUCAGUGAGAGUAUGUGACUGUACAACUCCAUCUGAGUGUAGAAUGACCGUUAAAGAUGUGAGAGACAUUAAACCAGGAAAUGUUAUACUGGGAAGAUGGGCUAUCCUUGCCAUGGUGUUGGGUUCUGCAUUGUUGUUGUGUAUUCUGUUUACAUGUUUCUGUGUUACUGUUAAGAGAACAGUAAAGAAAUGUUUUCCAGAAGAUGUAGCGCAACAAAAUUUAAUUGUAUCAAAUACUGAAGGACCAGGAGAAGAAGUGAUGGAAGCAAACAUUAGACUCCCCAUGCAGACAUCCAACAUCUGUGACACAAGCAUGUCUGCUGGUACUCUUGGUGGCCAGGGAAUCAAAACACAGCAAAGUUUUGAGAUGGUCAAAGGAGGCUACACGUUGGAUUCUAACAGAGGAGGUGGACAUCAGACUUUGGAGUCCAUCAAGGGAGCAGGGCAAGGAGUAACGGAUACCGGCAGAUACGCAUAUACAGACUGGCAGACUUUCACCCAGCCUCGGCUUGGCGAAAAGGUGUAUCUGUGUGGACAAGAUGAGGAGCAUAAACAUUCUGAAGACUAUGUUCGUUCAUAUAACUAUGAAGGCAAAGGGUCUGUGGCCGGCUCGGUAGGCUGCUGCAGUGAUCGGCAGGAAGAAGAGGGACUGGAGUUUCUAGAUCAUCUGGAACCCAAAUUUAGGACAUUAGCAAAGACGUGCGUCAAUAAAUAA